CGCCACCCUUUUUUCCGGCCGGGAACACUGGUAAAACUUGGAGAAGUCUCCUCCUUUUCUCGUUCUAGGACAUCUAUUCAACCCAGAACUUUUCCAGAUCUGCUCUCUUCCCUCUGCCGUGAGUUCCCUGCUGCUGGGUGCGAAAUUCUGGGCUUUUUUCGUUCUCUGUGAAUUUUCGCCCCUGCCAUACCCGCCGGAUCUGGUUUUGCUUGCUAGAAAUUUCGGUACUUGAUUAUUCUGCACUCUAGCACUUGGGAUUAGUGUUCUGUUGGUGCGAUUGAGGUAGUGAUGCCCGACACAUAGGGAACCGGGGGAGUGACGAGCUAGACGGCUAGGCGUAUUUGGGACUUAGAUCUUUUGGAGUUAAGCCGCUAGUCUCAUAUGGCUAAUAGAAAUGACCAUUUUUGUGUACAGGGUUUUCUUGGUUAUAGCCAUACCUGUUCAGAAACUUCUUAAGUUUCGAGCCUGGUGCAUUUGUGGGAUCCUUUCACGAGUGUACGGCGUCUGUCGCGCCUCGGAUUUGGGUUCUGGGGCGUGACAGAUACAAUAAAGCGCCUUGUUGAUU